CAGCUAUAAGUUGUUUGAUAAGAAUUGUGAUUUUUUGGUGGAAGAAAGGAGCUAUUAUACCGGUCGUGAAUAUGAUCGCAGAGGAUUGGAUAAGGUCAAAAAGCGCGCAAGAAAGAAAUAUAAUGAUUAAAAGGGCGCAUACUGCACGUAUGAUUGUUACUUGUGCAUACUUUAUAAUGGGAACAGCAUGCAUCCUUAUUAUCGUUCCCUCAGCCUUUGGCAUAUCAAUAAGAUUCACUUCCAACAUUACUGAUCAAGGCAGACUAAUGCCUCUACAAAGCUAUUACAUUUACGAUGUAACUAAAUCACCGCAGUACGAACUGACGUUUAUUAGUCAAGCAAUUUAUUCUGCUAUUGGCAUUAUGUCUUAUACUGGAAUCGACAAUUUUCUCGGGCUAUUAAUUUUCCAUAUAUGCGGUCAAUUGGACAUUCUGAAAAAUCGUUUGAUACGUUUUGAUAAAUACAUCGAUUCUGAUAUGCUGAAAAAUUGCGUGACAGAACAUGUCCGUUUAAUUAGAGCUAUUGCCGUUAUUGAAGAUACGUAUAAUAUAACACUUCUAGUCUUAUUUGUAUACUUUUCAAUACUCUUUGCUUUCCUUAGUUUCUGCAUAAUCAAUCUAGUUAGCGAUGGAAACAAAGUAUCACUCAUUUAUUUGAUAUGUUUAAUGAGCAUUAUUUUUAAUUUAUUUGGACAUAUGUGUCUAUAUUGUGCUCUUGGUGAAUUUUUGAUGGCCCAAUGUAAUGAAAUAUAUUAUGCGGCAUACAAUAAUCAAUGGUACUCCAUGAAUCUGAAAAUUGUACAAGAUUUAUUGCUUUUCAUGACAAGAGGUUCUAAACCAAUCUAUCUCACUGCCGGAAAAAUGUUUCCCUUAACAAUGGCCACAUUUUGCAGUUUAGUGAAAACAUCAGGUGGUUAUAUAUCAAUUUUGCUAACAACAAGGAUGUAAUAAAGGAACAAUACAUAUGUAUAUUAUUAUAUUAUUACAUUAUCAUAUAAUAUAAUUUAAGAAUUGUGCAAGUAUUAAUUUAUUUAACAAUAAAUGGUAAAUAUCUUACUGC